AUGGAUAAACUAGCUUACUAUCUUGAUUUAGAUUUUGAUUAUUACAACGCCGCUUCCAUAUUUGAUAAUAACCAUUUUCGAAAAUAUGGUUACGGUGAAUUAUCCGCUGAUCGAAGAGCUUGUUAUCUCAGUCAUUAUAUGAUUUAUAAAUUAAUAAUUGAUAAAGGCCUUAAUAACGCUUUAAUUCUAGAAGAUGGUGUUGAUUUUGAAACUAACAUCACUGCUAUUAUGACAGACAUUCAUCGUAAUUUACCCGAUUCUUGGGAUACUUUGUAUAUAGGUCAUUGUUUUGAAGGAAUGGGUAAACCUGUUGGUAAUAGUUCUUUUGCCAAUGGACUAUAUGAAUCAGUUAAUCCAGGUUGUAAACAUGCUUAUGCUGUUUCGAAUUCGGGUGCCCGCAAGUUGGUAGAAAAGCUUGAUCCUAUGAAACCACAAGGUGCAAUCGAUUAUGCUAUUCUUGCAAGAAUUAUGAAUAAAGAAAUCACUUCAUAUAGCGUUCAUCCACCGCCUAUUAUACAGUGGAAAUCUGAGGAUGAAUCAUCUGAUAUUCCUGAAUACAGGGUACCUAUUUUAGUUUAA